UACACGUAAUGGCCCCAAUUCACCCCGCAGCUGUACCUGUGCGAGGCAAUACAAAAUUCUAUUGAAUAAUCAGGUGAUACAGUUUUUUGAUACUCAGCUGGAACGUCGUACUUUCGCGAGGCUACACACUUCUAGUGCUAGAUAUACUCAGUCUACACAGAACUAGAAUUAACCUUUCAUCAGCCUGCCGAGCAUCACGCAUCUUGAAGAUUCUUCAAUGAUGAAGUUUCAACUCGCAACUGCGGUUUGCCUGGUGUUUUUUCUGCUGUUUGUAGGAGCAGAGAGCGGUGUUGUUAACAACCCUGAGAAGCCAGCAACGAAGGUGUUGUAUGAGCCACAGGGAGAUGGAACAGCCGUGGAGGGCGCCCCCGGAGAGAAAAAAGUGAUCGUGAACUGGUGCUCGAUAUGCGUGGCCCUCGUUGAGUGGCUGGAUGCCCACAUUAUCAAUGAAACCGAGAACGGUCUUUUCUUCUUAUUCGGCAAGGUCUGCAAUGCCCUGCCCACCUCUGUGCGGGCUGAAUGCAACGACCUGGCCAACCAGCUGGUGCCCAUGCUGACCGAGUUGCUUCUGGAGGAGUUCAUCCCGGUCCAAGUGUGCAGGCUCCUGACUGUCUGCGAUGUCUCAGAAUUGCAAAAUCCCGCAGUCUUGCAUGGCGAUGGAGUACCCAACAUGAACAAGCUGGGCGCCCUCAGGGGAAAAGAGGUUGACCUUCAGCGCAUUGCAGACAGCGUCUGCACCGCACUCCCGUACAAAUACUACGCCCUCUGUCACGAAGUCCUGAAGACCGACACGCUUGAAAAAAUGACGUCACUCAUCAAGCCUCGUAAAUAAACCACGUGACUGGCGGCUAAUGACCCCACGAAACCAAGGAAAAGUCAUAACAAUUAACAUAUCGCAAUACUGAGGUUGUAACAUUGGACCUAUGACGGCAAUUGUACUUUUUUUUUCUUUAGAUCACGGACUAUUAUUACGUAAUGAUCAUACACAGGAUUAUAAUAAUUACUAUUUUAGCCAACAUAAAAUGCUUACAGUCUUGUACAUGUUCAACAAUAAUGAGCUCCGUUUUUAUGUUUUGACAGUGUCAAAACAUGAACUUGUGACACUUUGGCAUUGUGCCAACAUUUCUGACUGAAACUUUUUAAGGUCAUUAAUCAUGAUGACUAUUAUAAAUAUUCUUCGGCCAGUUGUUAUUUUACUGCACUGAUAAUGUAACUGAUAAAAAAUAUCAAGGCCUAGUAAAUUUUUACGGGUGACUAAUUUCCUUGUGCUCCCAUUGGAUAAAUGUUGUUUGAUCGGACACUCGGUGGCAGCGAGCUGCCCACAAUACUUUGCGUUUCCUUCACAGUUUGGUUUUGUGUUAAAUUGACUAGCGGUCACCAGCGAGCUGCGACCGUAGGGUGGUUGAUACAAUUAAAGUGACUAAAUCUUCCCCGUCAUUAUGUUUUAACAUAAGACCUAAUUCGUUAUAUAUUACUAUUUUCUAUGUAGUUUACAAACCUGGAUUAUCAGUGAUAAUUUCAUAAAGAAUGUAUACAGGUGGAGUAUUGUAUAGUAGCAUAUUACUAUAAGGUACGUUUUGUAAAGAAAGUUCAGUUGAUGAUGGCAUAAUAUUAUUGUUGUUGCCCAUUUGUAAAAGCCCCCUACCAGUGAAGGGAAAAAAAGUAGUGCCAGUGUUGUGUGAAAAUUGGUCUCUUUUGAGGUCAGUCCGCCCCUUGCCUCAUACACAUUUCAAAAUCAUAAAAUAUGAUUGACAAAAGAGUUUUAUAUUUGUUUGUAAUCAAAUUCUGGACUUU